UUUGUACAUUAAACAAACAUACGGCUCUGACUCGAGGUGUCGAACUGCUCGUGUGAUACACAGUAACACAGCUACAUUGAUUUAAAUUGGCGAAAGAACUCUUGGAAUGUAACAGCAGCGGAGCAGCUCAGGGUAUUAUUCUGCUACGUGUUCCGAAUUCGCGAAUCCGCGCUUCAGCGACAAUUUAAACAACAGCGUCUGCAACAAGGAGAGACUUGUAGUGCUCUGCUAAAGCAUGAACCAGUAGUGGAUAUAAUAUGUGAAUGAGGAAAGAAGUCUGGGAUUGUAUUUUAUUCUACGUGUCAGCUUUCCUUGGUUCCUCCUAACAAUGGUUGGCUCCAAAGGCCAGUGGACUUUGGAUGAGUAGACCUAAAUGGGAGCAAAAACGGACAGAGUCAGCCUGCCACUAUGGCAGCUUAUGCUCUGAACAGCCUGAUAAUGAUGAACCCCAACAACCUGACCAAUAAGAGCAGCCCUCGGACAGGAAGGCCUGUGCUCCCAGUGCCCAGUCGUUCUACAUUUAGCCCGGUGCUGGGGGGCAGUGGAGGUCCCUAUAGCCCCGGCAGCCUGAGCCCUGGGUCACCAGGAAUAUCCUUCGUCUUCCCAACAGGUACUGGUUCCAGCUGCCAAAGGGCGCGUUCACCAUGUCGACGGCCGGAAUCGCUGGGCGUGCAUGUUGGAAGUCGUGUGCGAAGACUGAGCGGGUCUGGCCUGGAGGAAGAACAGGAGAACGAAGAACGGCGUGCCGCUCAGCAACUCGAGCGCCACAAGGAACUGCAGAAUGUGGAGGUGAACAAGAAGGUGGACCUGUUUGAAGCCCAAAUAUCGGCUCGGGCUCACAGCCGAGAGGCUCAACGAAGCCCACGGAUUUCCAGGAAAACUCCCCUGAAUUCUGUCCCUGUCCAACUUGCCAAUCUCUCCUUAAACCCAGAGGAAACACUUCUGACGCAGAACAAUUAUCACUCAACGGGGAUCCCCAAAGAACUGCAAAAUGGAAAGCGCUUCUCUGGCAUGGAGGAGGAGGGGCUGCAGAUCAGCGUUGAAGAGAAGAAUGGGGCUGACCCAAAUACAGAAGAGUGUGGCCCACUUGAGAGCACAUCAGCAGGAACUAAGAGCGAAGCUGACAGCUCUACCAACAAUCACUCCAGGACUUCACCAGAGUCCAACAAGUGCUCAGCAUCUUGGACUGAGACAUGUUUGACAAAGGAGGGAGCUGAGCCAAAAGAAACCCAGGCAGAGGUGGGCUCCAUCCCCGCUGUCAUUAUUACGGACCACGGCAUGGAUGUCAGUGGGGAGGGCAAGGAGCCCCAGGUUAGUCCUCAACCUUACAGAGCCUUGAGGAAGCUCUCCUCUUCUUCUGCCUCAUCAACGGGAUUCUCCUCUUCCUGGGAGGAAUCAGAAGACGACAUUUCCAGUGACACAGAGCGGUCCCCAGCGUUCCUGCAGACACAACAGAAAGCGCAUAAAUCAUGGAAGAAGAUCAAGAACAUGGUGCAUUGGUCACCAUUUGUGAUGUCCUUCAAGAAGAAGUACCCUUGGAUCCAGUUGGCUGGCCAUGCAGGCAAUUUCAAGGCAGGGGCCAAUGGUCGCAUCCUAAAGAAACACUGUGAGUGUGAGCAGCAAUGUCUUGAUAGGCUGAUGAGAGACGUGCUAAAGCCCUACGUUCCUGCUUACCACGGAGAUGUAGAGAAGGAUGGAGAGAGGUACAAUCAGAUGGAGGACUUGCUGGCAGACUUUGACCUACCCUGUGUCAUGGACUGCAAGAUGGGCGUCAGGACGUAUCUGGAAGAGGAGCUGACGAAAGCCAGGAAGAAGCCUAGCUUGAGAGCCGACAUGUACCAAAAGAUGAUCGAGGUGGACCCCGAUGCACCCACGGCACAGGAGCACGAACAGAAAGCAGUCACUAAGCCGCGCUACAUGCAGUGGAGGGAAACCAUCAGCUCCACCGCCACGCUAGGCUUCCGGAUCGAGGGAAUCAAGAAAGAGGACGGAACAGUAAACAGGGAUUUUAAAAAGACCAAGACCCGAGAACAAGUGACCGAGGCCUUCCAAGACUUUGUCAAAGGAAACCAAAACAUCCUGCAUUCCUAUCUGAACCGACUACGAGAGAUCAAGGACACUUUGGAAAUUUCACCGUUUUUCAAAACGCACGAGGUGAUUGGCAGUUCUCUACUCUUCGUCCAUGACAAACGUGAGCAGGCAAAAGUGUGGAUGAUAGACUUUGGGAAGACUACUCCAUUGCCGGAGGGGCAGGAGCUGAGCCACAGGGCCACCUGGGUGGAGGGUAACAGAGAAGACAGCUACCUCUACGGCCUAGACCACCUCAUAGACAUUAUUUCCAGUGUGCUAACUCCUAAACCUCCACUAGAGUAAGAGGAUUCCAUCUCCUCUCCCUCCUGCACUACAGUUCAAGACCUCCCUGGGUUCCCCUAAAGUUAUCCUAACCGAUCGCCCCGUCUCACCAAAACAGAAAACUAUAAAACUUAAAACAAAAAUGCCAGCCGCAAUGGCCUUUAAAAAAAAAGAGAGUGUGUAUGUUUGUAAACUUGUAGAUGCUGUACAUAUAGUGUAAAUGCCAGUGUUUUAGUUCAGAACAUGUGUGAAUAGGAUUUUUGCAGCUAGCGCUUUAACAGGCAGGUGAAUCUUAAAGCCACACUCCCUUAAUGUGCGUUCUUUUCAACAUGCUAGUGUUACGGAAAAGUGUAAAGCACUUACACAGCUAUGUUUUACUCUGCGAUUGUUUUAAUGUUUUGUUUUUAGAUGCUGCAGAAAAAUCUAAAUUUUAAAACCUUUAACAAUCAGAUCGACCACUAGACGUUUGAGAUAUUUAUAUUUGCAGGAUUCUAACAAUAUUGGUGGUUUUAUAUUUUUUUUUUACCCUGUUAACAAUGUAAGUAGUGUUAAAAUACAUCAUUUUUACUGAGUGCCUUUUGUAGAACAAAUUCUCCCAUUUGGUGGAUGGUCUUAUGUUGUGCUUUAUAUUUAAAUUCUUCAUAUUGACAUUCCUUAAAUUCAAUCGCCAUUUUUGUGCCUAAGUAGGGCUGGGUAUCAACACAGAUUCUCCAAUUGAUUAUAACUCACAAAUUCUCGAUUCAAUUCGGACUUUAAUUUUAUGUAAUACGAUUCCGAUUCAUUUGAGUAUACAGCAUUUUGGUUAUACUGUCUAUUUUCUCUCUGCUAAUGCUGUAAAAUAUUCAGGGGAGUGUUUUUGACUAAUUUAAACUUGUAAUUCAUCUUUUGAUCUAUUCUACACUAGGCGUGCCACGUGUUUUUGAUUUACUAGAAAGAAACGACUCAUUUUGGGAAUCAAGCUAGAAGUUUGCGCUUGGUUUUUGAGUUCUACUCAAACAAGAUUCUGUUUCGCUCCUGCUAAAAAUAUGAUCUGGCUCUACCACUCACGCUAUGUGUUUUUGCUAAGUCACUAAGAUUCACUAAUAAGAUUAAGAUUCAUGAAUAAGAAAGAUGUUUCCUGCCAUCAUUUCGUAGGACAUGGCCAUUUUUUAUUGCAUCAUAUUAAAAACAGACUGCAAAUUCACUUUCUGAACUGACAUAUUGACAACUAUGAUAUUAAAAAUACGAUUACUUUUUCCCGUGACACUAAAGAUUCAGCAGCAGGGUGUAAAAUCGAAGUAAAGGCCCGUUCACACCAAG